UUUAAAUAAGAUACAGACUUUACUAAACCCGCAGAGCAAAGUUUGAGCUCAGUCAUUAAUCUGAAGACGCUUGGUUACAAAAGUAGAGACAGAAGUGUAAGAAUGGCUAACCCUCUCCCGGCUGUUGCAUUUGCUAUUGGUGUUUCUGCAUUCCUCUUUAACUUUGCAAUCCACAGAAUUGAUGAAGGUCAUGUUGGUGUGUAUUACAGGGGUGGUGCCUUAUUACAGUCAACCAGUGGACCAGGAUUCCAUGUCAUGGUUCCAUUUCUAACCUCAUAUAGAAGCGUACAGACCACAUUACAAACAGAUGAGGUUAAGAAUGUGCCUUGUGGAACAAGUGGAGGAGUUAUGAUCUAUUUCGACAGGAUAGAAGUUGUGAAUCAACUCUCACAGAGUGUGGUUUUUGAAACCGUCAAAAAUUAUACAGCGGACUACGAUAAGACACUGAUAUUCAAUAAAGUCCACCAUGAACUCAACCAGUUUUGCAGUGCUCACAAUCUCCAAGAAGUCUACAUUGAACUUUUUGAUCAAAUUGAUGAGAAUUUAAAGAGAGCAUUGCAAGAGGAUUUAACUAGCAUGGCACCAGGUCUUACAAUUCAGGCUGUCCGUGUUACUAAGCCUAAGAUUCCUGAGAGCAUUAGGAAAAACUAUGAACUCAUGGAGAAUGAGAAGACCAAACUACUUAUUGCUGCCCAACAUCAGAGAGUAGUGGAGAAAGAGGCAGAGACCGACAGGAAGAGGGCUGUCAUUGAGGCAGAAAAGAUCGCUCAGGUUGCUGAGAUCACAUUUUCACAGAAAAUCAUGGAGAAAGAGAGCGAACAAAGAAUAUCCACAAUUGAAGAUGAAACACAUGUAGCCAAGAUGAAAGCCAGAGCUGACGCACAGCUUUAUACAUCUGUCCAAGAAACAAAAGCUAAUCAGGAGAAACUCACCCCCCAGUAUCUUGAGAUGUUGAAGUACCAGGCACUAACAGCCAACACUAAGAUCUACUUUGGCAAUGAUAUCCCUAACCUCUUCAUGAUGGGAAACAACCAGGAAGAACCAAAGGCUGUGCCAGCAGCGGCAGCCUUUGGCUUUGACCAAGAUUCCGUUCAUUCAACAUCAUCAAGCAAAAAAGCAGAGACCAAAUCCAAAUCAUCAGGGAAAUCACCUUCAUAAUCCAUAGAGGACAAAUAGGAGCAGCAGAACACUAUCUUGAUGACACGAAACUACAGGUAGCAUGAAUUCAGAUUCCAUACAAAUCUCCAGGGUUUCAGUAUGCAUGCUUGGUCUAAAACACUUUGUUCCAAUUGCAAGAAGAACUGUCUUUAGUUAGGCUAUUUUGGGGAGGGGGAGGGGGUGCUGUUUUAUAAUUUCGAUAGAUCAAACUCAAACUGUAAUCGAUCUGAAAUCAAUUGAUCAGUCACAUUUUGAAUGUGGAUUAGAUAUAUCACAACUCAAUGUAAAGGUUUCAAAGUACACCAUAUACUGUAUCUUUUGUGGCCAUCUGUUUGGUCUAUGAAGAGACAUUGUAUACCAUGAAGCCUCUACGUUUAUUCAUUCUCCAACAUGAAAACUUUCAGGAGUUAUUUCGAUUGCAAAUCUUUGUGAGAUGCGUACCUGGUUUCCAUUGCGUUUCGUCGCAAUGGCACUUGGUCUAACUGCAAUUUAGUCAUACACCUAGAUGGUCUCAUUUCCAUUUCGUUUACUUUUUGCACUUAUAUGAAUAGUGGGUUCAUCUAAUCCUGUAGACCAAAGCCUGGCACACACUAUACAUGUACGGUCUGUUGUGAUCUGAUUUUAAAUUAAAUUUUAAUGGCAUUUGAUAUGAACAUUCCAGCCUUUAAAAUCUUCAACAAUCAAAGUUCCAAAAAGUUGUAUGAAUGUAUGAAUAUUGAAAUGUAAAUUCCAGUCAAUGUAUAAUUUUUCUUUAGAGAUAUGAGCAAAUCCAAUCGUAAAUGACAAUAGCAUCAUCAUCGGCUGCGACUCGAAACCGAUUUGGCCUUUACUCCGACCACGUAGCUUGCAGCAAAGCAAAAUAUGAAUUUUAAUAUUUCUAGUAUUAUGCCGAACUUCAAAUAUGACUUUACUUCUUGGGACUUACAUAUGUCAUGUAAAAUGCAAUUUGUUCGAAAAUCGCGUCACAACGGAUGGUUUAGUGUGCACUGGGCUUUAGCGGUGUUAGUCCAAGUAGGUUAUAUACAAAUUAUGUAUAGUCUAAACAGGAAUUGGUUGAGGUGGUAAAUGGGCUGUGGCAGUUAGACCAAAUGGUUUGUUGACAAACUUGUCAAAUAUAAAAUAAGAUUAGACUGUCUGGGAUGAUACCAGGGUCCGUCUUACAAAGAGUUACAAUUGAUCCGAUCAACCUCAAUGCUAUAGAAUCCAUAAUUGUCAUAAUAUUUUCUACAAGAAAUUUGAACAGUGUACUUUGUAAAUGAAGAGAAGCACACUGAAUUUUCAAGAAAACAAUGAAUGUAUGAAUAUACAUCAUAGUUAGAAAAUAUUUUGAACAAACAUGCAUUUUAGAUGUUGACUUUGCUGGCUCUCCAUAGUUGUGGUUGAUUGGAUCAAUCGCAACUCUUUUUUUGUAAGACGGGGCCCAGAUGGAAAGAAGACUGAGUGGUUGUAGACCAUGUGGCAAGUUACCCUUUUUGCUAAGUAGUGCAGCCAUAAUGAAAUAGUUGUGAUGUUUAAUAAUGAUGUCAAUCCAUUGUUGGUCCAUGAAGAGGAAUUAUGAUGUUUGCCAGAAUUCAUUUCUGAUGCAGAGCUCAUGCUUGGAAAGUUUUGACUUGUAAUGCAUAUUAUUAAAAGGGAAGCCCACCCUCAAAACAAGCUUUGUUGAAGCACAAAAAAUAUGUGAACAUGUCAGAGAAAAUUUGGUUAAGAAUAAAAAACAUUAUUCACGUUUUUAUUCAAAUAUUCCAUAAUAUUUUGGUUUCACUUGUUGGUUUGUACUAAAUCAAGAGUUUUUUUUUUCUUGGGGGGGGGGUGGACAUCUCUUUUGAAUAACUUUCAGUAUGUCUAUUGUUUCUCUGAUGUUUAAUGAUUAAUGUUAAGUGAUGUAUAUCGAGUGCACAGCACUCAAAUAUCAUUGAAAAUCAAGAUAUUUCUGAUUGUUUUAAAGUCCUAAUGCACAUAAUAUCUUUGAAUUUCCUGUGUGUUCACUUUUAUGUCAUGAAUGUUUGCUGCUUAGCAGAAAAAUGAAUGUUCGAUUUGUGAAGUAUUAUUAAUCUUUUGAAAUCUGUAUCUAAUCAGUAGCGAGUACUGACAUUUUGCCAUUUUAAUUGGUGUUAUUAUAUUUUGUCAAUCUUGAUCUUUUCAAAUGAUUUUGAAAAGUUUACAAGGUGAAAGGGUAAAUUAUUGUUGAAAUUGUUUUUCUAGUUUUUACUGCAAUUAUGUGUCCAUUAUUGUAGGAAUGUUGUCAAGCCUUUUAGAUGUCGAUGAUUAGACUUAGUGUUCAGAGGUUUUGAUGCACAAUACUUGCAAAUGAACAAACCUCAUGCAACAAAUGUAAGAAACACUGCAUAUGAAUAUAUGCCUUUUUAUUCCAAUAUCAUUAGAAGCAUCCUCUUUUAUUCCUUACCCCUAACAAAAUAUCAGGUGAUUUUUUUUUCUAUCACAGUAAAUAUAUAUUAGGUAAUAUUAUAAUUUUCUGUUCACCCUCUUUCCUUUUUUAACAGUUGAAAAUGAGAUAAUCUAAUGAUAAAUUGUUUAGGGGGCCGGGGAACAUUCUUUUUUCUGAAAGAAUUUCUACCCUCCCCCCACAUCCCUAUUCCUUACUCUGCAUAUUGCUGUAUAUGAUGUUUACUGCAUGGUAUGUGAAGUGUUCGUAUACCAUCAAUAUACUUAUAUUUACUACUGCUUUUUAUAUUUUGAUUUAUGAGUUUCGUGUCAUUCCUUAUAAGAUUUUGAAUGCAUUGAUUUUGUAAUGAAAUUAUUGAAAAGCUGAUUUUGGCUAUCAUUCGACUUCGUCAAUAUGAUUAACUGCAAUAAAUGUAUCAUUUUGUGUGUUAAAGCUUGAAGUUGAAGUAUAAUCAAGUACAUAUAACAAUUUUGUUGUAUAUUUUAUACUCAUAUCUAUUUUGUUCAGUCUGUCAAAUAUUGCAUGUAUUAAUACAUGUUUUAUGUUAUUCUGUUUGAGUGAACACACCACUUAAAGAAACUUAUUCACUUUUGAAAAUCUUUCUUUUCCUGAAAUAUGCAAAAUAACAGAACCUAAUAAUGUGGUUUAGUUUUCAUCACCAGUGAAAUGUUUAUGUUAAUAAUUCUGUUUCUUUUUAUGACUACCAUGAAUAUAUUGUUAUCUUUUGUUGCCUGUAUAUGUAUAUGUUUACAUUGUAUAUGUUUACAUUAUUCAUUUUCAAAAGGUAUGAACUUUGAUUAGUGAUUUAUUAUUCUUACAGUGACAUAAACUGUUGAUAGCAAUCAAUAGGAUGUAGGCUAACUUUAAUAUUUGCAAAUAGAAAAUAAAUACCAAUAGGAUGUGGAUUUUCUGAUAAAUUAUUUUGAAUGUUUGAAAAAAUGAUGUCAUCAAGUUCACAUUUUUGUAACAGUUAGAUAGUGUUGGUCAUUAAUGAUUUUUAGAAUCAGACAAUCAGAGACCUCCCUUUUGUAUGAAAGGUGUAUUGAUACUAGUUACUGGAGUUCUAUUAAACUUUUUGGGUUCAUUCGUAGACAUGGAUUAGAAAGGCAUAGAAAGGUAUACAUACUAUUUGUAAUAAAAGUACCAAUCCUACUUAUUUAAGUUGAUUAGAUUUAGUUUCACAACUAUCAAUUCUAUAUGCUUCUAGAAACGUUAAAUAAAAUGUAAUUACCUCAUUUGGUUUCAUGUAAUCAAUAAACUUAGCUUAAUUUUGAUGAUUUUUUUCAAAAACGCUGUUGUCAUUUUCUUUUGUAAUGUGAUUGCCAAUCAAUUUGCUAUUAUUUAUUAUUUUGGGAAUAAUUAUACAACAUAUAUUGUGAGAUAUUGUUGAAGAAUUUUUUGAGGAAAUUCAUAUGAUUUUGCAUCGUUGAUAUUAUCAGACCUGGGGCCUGUUGCAGAAAGAGUUGUGUUUAAACGCAAGUCAAAAUAUCAAGCGCAAGUCCCGAAUACGGGUGCUUCAUUGGCUGGAAAUCAAAUUGCACAAGAUUUUUGUUGUUGUGUGUGCUUGCUACUCUUUUUGCAAUGGGCCCCUGGGGCCUGUUACGUAAGACUUGUUCAUAUAGUAAACAGCGUUGUAUAAAAUCUUAAACAGCGUUUUUACUGUGUAAUGAUACAUUUGCAAUAACAGUUUAAAGCCUCUGAAAUCAUUCAGUUUGAUUAGCUGAGAGUGAACUUGUAAUCAAAAUUGUACUUUUUUCUAUUGUAACAAGUCUUUAUGAAACAGGUGUUUCAUAGAUGUACAUAUUUAUAUUGCAAAUCAUCAGCCUAGGGCGGGCAAUGUAAUAUGUCUUGUGAUUUAUGAAUGGUUGUGAUGAUACCUGCAUAUAUGCACUUAAUCUUUCAGACAGCUACAGUACAUUGUGUUUUUUAUGAUUCAUUUUAUGUUAAUUCCUUCUUAUGAUUUUAAGUUUUGUUUAAUAAGUAAAACUGAGAGUAGUAUUAUUAUUAUUUUUUUAAUUGACCAUAAAGAAGGCAAAACAAAGAUUCAAAUAUAUAUGCAAUUUAUGCAUUGGUGAUCCAAAUUCUUUGCCAAACAUCGUUAUUUGUUCUUCAAUUUUCUUUCAAGUUAUCAGUUCCCUGGAAUCUCCUCCUGCAUGGGCACUUUAACAUAAAGCAUAUUGAUUGAUCAUAGGGCUGUUUUAUGAUUGAUUGCAUUGAUUAGUGUGUAUGAUCAGUUAUAAAAAUCAAUUCCAAAAUCAAUCAUUAAGAUUUUUGUUACAGGGCCCUGGCAUUACUUCCACCUCUUGAUAUUUCAUGAAUAGAAAAAGUAUGAUAAUUUCCACAAUUUUGUCAACAUUGUAGUAGAUGUCUUACCAACUACUUUAUCUGUUUGGUCUGUUCAAAAUGUUUAAUAGGCAUUCUUGUUAUCUGUCCAUGACCCACCAUUAUGGUCACACAUGUCCAGGGGGUCAUCACGUGCCUUGAAAUGCUUUAAAAAAAAAAAUCAUCUUUGUACUGUUCACAAAACACUGUGUAGACUCAAUUAAACUUUAAGAUUUAUUAUCUUAAUUCAUAA